AAGAACUGGACUACAAUUACUAUUCCAAAGACCGUGCUUUUUAAUAAAUGGGCCCAAAAAAAUCAGUCUAUACAUUUUAAGUUCUUAAAAAAAUGGCUGAUUUGGGUAGGUUACAGAAGGAAAAGUAUAUGAGAUCAUGUUCAAGUACAGUUCUCAUUUUUUUUUUUUUUUUUUUUCUAAUGUGGUAUUAAGCAGCAAUGUUACGUAUUCAAAAAAUUAUCCAUCAAAAAUAUUAGAGGAUUGAGAUAUAAUUUUUAUUGCAAAUUCCACUAUACAAAAUUGAAUCUAGACCACACAUUAACGGUUUGGAUAAAUUUAUAGAUAAUUUUUCUUGUUUUGUAGUUUUUUUGGGGAUCAAGUCUCAUUGUCUCAGCAUGGUAUUUGUCAAACUUGGCUGCAAUGUUCUCUCUGUGGCAAAUCUAAUCUUAAUGGAUGUUGAUAACAAAUUUUAAAAAGAAUAACUUGUUAUUUAAUAACAAAUCAUAUUAAAAUUUAGGAUAUAUUACUCUCAUUUUCAAAUAGUUGGAAGAAAAUACAACUAGUUCCACACUUUUGGCUUUGAGCUCAUUUCCAAAUAACAAAUGGGUUAUAGCUUUAAGUCUUUUUCCAUAUUAUAAUAAUUAUUAAGCACUAAUCAAAGAUAAGUAAAUGUGGUUAUCAUAGGAUUAUUGAUCCAAAUAACAAACUUAUAUCGUGUAGUUUCUUAAAAGCUACUAAGAGUUAAUAAUAAAAAUGUAAAAUUUAAAAGUAUCAAUUUUCCUGCUUCUCAAUAAUAUUUUUUUUCAGCUUAUUAAUUUUUUUUUUUUUUUAAAAAAAAAGAAAAAAAGAAAUGAGCCUAUAAGUAGGCCCACAAACAGCACCAAACAAAGGCCAACAAUUGAUUCUGGCUUAAGCCUUUUUUUCAUACUAUAAUAAUUAUCACGCACUAAUAAAAGAUAAGUUUCAAUGCAAUUUGUUCACAUAGCACUUUUGCUAUUAAUUAAGCAAUUGCUAUGAUUUCCACUGAGGAUUGUAUCUUUGACCAGAUGAGUUUGUUUGUCUUUUGUUUUAUAGGAAUCUUUCUAAUUGAGAGUGGGCUUAGAUCAGCUUUCAGCAUAUUGCUUUCAAUGAUUAAUUGUUGAUGAUUUGCAUAAAGGCCACUUAAAUAACAAGCCACAUAUAUGAGUUGCAUUUUGAAACCAAACAUAAGAAUGAAUAUUUUGAUGGAAUGAUCAUUUCAUUCCAUUCCAGUUAACCUAACACUCCCUUAUGAUUCUCCUGUUUCAGUGAAAUUGGCACUCUGGUAAUAGUAUCUGUUGUAGAGGGACAAAAGUGACUUUGGGAGACAGUUUUGGUUAUACAUGUACAUGGAUCUAUAAAAGGAGUGGAGGCUCAGAGCAAGGUUCUUGGCAAAGUUUCAGAACAAACAUGGAAAAUCAGAGGCUGUUCAUCAACUUUGCAUGCUAUUACUAUUGUUUUCUGGGUUGUCUAUCAUUAUUGUUCAGUGGUUCUAAUGCGAUUGACUCACCACAAUACACGGUGAUACGAUCAGAACUAGGUGUGGAGAUCAGGCUCUACAAAGAAUCCUCAUGGAUGUCUUCUGUGGUCUGUGGCGGCACUUCCUUCGAGACGUCCACCAAAGAAGGCUUUCAUAGGUUGUAUCAAUAUCGUCAUGGCGCUAACCUCAACUCUUCUCAUCUAUUGAUGACUGCUCCUGUCCUAACAAGCAUCACUAACCUAUCAUCACAUGAAUCUAACUACGUUGUGAGGUUCUAUCUAUCUUCAAAAUAUGACGGGAACGCCCUUCCACAGCCUUAUCCUGAGCUGAAUUUGGUGGUGGACAAAUGGAGAAGCCACUGUGUGGCGGUUAGGAAGUUUUCAGGGUUUGCCAAGGACGAUAACAUUAAUGGAGAAAUGGAAGCUCUAGUGACCAGCUUAGAUAAAAUCUGGAGUGGAAAGACGGCAACUAUAGAAGACGAGAGCACCUAUACAAUUGCCCAAUACAAUGCUUCAUAUCAUCUUUCUGGGCGUUUAAACGAAGUGUGGAUAAAUGUCUCGGGUUUUACAGCAGAUGGUUGUCCAUCCUAAUAAGGGCGGUCUUAGUUUGGCUGUGAUUUGAUGCGUAUGAACCUCUAGCAAGGAUGUGAAGAUUUGGUUGUCUAAACACAUCGUAUUUCUCAUUGUACUAAUUCUCAGAUAUUUAUGAAUUUUCAGGUUCUUGGGUGUCCUACAGGUUGUUAGUAGGAAAUGUUCUUCUCAUGAUCUACUAGGGUUUUGGUAGGGUAGCUACAAGUGUAUUGAAUACAAUGUUUUAAUUGUAUUCCAGAUACCUAACCACUGUCACACAUUCUACCCGAAAAAAAAAGUAUAUUAUAAACUUAAUACAUGAUUAUGCAAUUAAGUGGAA